CCUUCCCCUGGACUCGCGGCGACCAACCCAAGAGGCCACAAAGCGCGAGGGGGCAGAGACCAUGAAGACAGCGCCCAGCGAAGGUGGCGCCGACGGCGAGGCGGGCCCCAGCUCCCGGCCACCCCCUCCGGUGGCGGAGAGGCGGUUCCCUGCCGCGGCGCAGCCCGAGAUCAUGAGGGCCGCAGAGAAGGACGAUCACUACGCCGCCUUUGUCCAUGACGCCUGCCGUGACGCCUUCCGACACCUUUUUGGUACCAGGAUGGCUGUUGCUUACCAGAGUGAGAUAAAGCUGUUAGGCCAGACACUUUAUUAUCUACUAACAACGGGUGCAGGGCAGCAAACUCUGGGAGAAGAAUAUUGUGAUAUAUCUCAGGUUGCAAGUUCACAUGGGCUUCCACCAACACCUGCAAGACGUGCCCUUUUCAUUGUAUAUGAGACCAUAAUUCCUUAUCUUGCAGAAAGAAUCAGUUCAAGGAUGGCUGCUCGUGGUAUUAUCCUCGCUGACUCUCAGUUUGGGGAGUUGUAUGGAAGUGACCAUCCUAGAAGGAACCAAGUCCAAUCUUCUGAUGCUGCUGAGAGCUCUAAUUCCACAAGUGUAUCUAUAUCUGCUCUGUCAAAGUUCAGAGAGAGGCUCCAUGGUUUGUGGUUGCAGGCUGUUCAGAAAUGGCCUACGGUUCUUCCAUAUGCUCGUGAGAUUUUACAAUUGGCUUUCCGCACCAACCUUAUGUUCUUUUACUUUGAAGGGUUGUAUUAUCAUAUAUCAAAACGUGCAGCAGGCAUCCGUUAUGUAUUUAUUGGAAAGCCGUUAAAUCAAAGGCCUCGAUACCAAAUUUUGGGUGUGUUCCUUUUGAUCCAGCUUUGUAUACUUGGUGCUGAAGGACUGCGCAGAAGUAAUUUAUCUUCAAUAACUAGUUCUGUUCAUCAGACAUCACCUGGGGGCCACCAUUCUUCUACAGGUCGAGGCAUGCCUGUUUUAAAUGAAGAUGGCAACCCAGUUACUAAUUAUAGCCCUGAUAAAGGCAGUUGGGCUGCUGAUUCCUUGGCUGUACCUGAGCCCCAAGGUUCGGGUGGCAUGAGCAAAUGUACCCUCUGUCUCAGUACUCGUCAGCAUCCCACAGCCACACCAUGCGGUCAUGUCUUCUGCUGGAACUGCAUUAUGGAAUGGUGCAAUGAAAAGCCUGAAUGCCCUCUCUGCCGUACUCCCAUAACUCAUUCAAGUUUAGUUUGUAUAUAUCAUGCUGAUUUCUAGCAUUCUGGUUUGAUUUUUUAUACGGAAACAAUGGGGGAAGAUAUGAAUCUGCACCAUGACAGUUGAUAAGUAAGAUCGUGACCUCUUCAAACUACGUAUUUCUAGAAGAAAAUGUCGUAAAGCCUACUUCCAUGUGAAUCGAUUCAAGAAACAUGUAGAGAAGUCUCUUUUUGUUUUAGCUCAUUGACUGAAUAAAAAGAAUGAGUUUUAUUCAAGCUUGAAACUAAAUAGCAAGGUGGCAUGCAUGGAUAGGGAAUGUUGUAUUGUUUAUAAUCUGUUUAUUUUGUUUGUAUAAUUGGAAUGGCUGAUGAUAAUUUUCUGACA